GGAACAUUUUCAUUGGAUACUGCACCUCAAGCCCCGCCUCUUUUUGGUAGGGGGUGAGUUGUCCUCUGUUGGAGUUCGCCGUAAACCAACUUGACCGGUCGCAAGCUAAAAUGAUCAAUUGGAAGGCUUUGGACAACGUACCCGUACUCUUGUACAUUUUAGCUCUGAAGACAUUAAUCCUGUGUUUGGGCUUUGCUGGGGUGAAGAUCUACCAGAGUAAGAAAGCCGAGGCGGCGCUCAAGCAGCAGCAGCAAGCCGAGAGGAGGAAGUUGGCCCAGAAUACACAGGAGCUGAUUGAGCAUUUGAAGGAAGACUGAGGGCCGAGCAGAACGUCACGUGACCCGAGCGCAACAUGAAUCGCCGACCGCACCUGUUUUGUCGCUGUGUUCGACCAGAAAUUGCACAACAUAAUGUAUUUAUUGAAUUUUGUAACAUGUAUCUUUUAAAAUGAAAUAGAUAAAAUAUUGUUCAACACAGUA